CUCCCGCUGUCCGUUCUCCAACACAUCUGUUUGCUGAGAAGAUGAAGUGUGCAAACUUGGCUGUGCUGCUGGUCUUUCUGCACAAUGCCAUCGCACAGAAUACAACCAGUGCCAUACUUGAAAAUGCGCCUACAGCUUUUCCUCUUCCGACAGAAUCUCUGACUGAACCUCAAGUCACAUCCAGCAAACCUCAGUUCAUGGCGGAGCCAUUUGCCAAUGUGACCGGCUCUUUGAAUGACAAGGGAGUGUGCCAAUGCUCAGUGUACCUGCCAGACACCACGUUUCCUGUGCAGAAGGUUGAAAUGCUGCAAAUCACAGCCUACACGCUUUCUGAGAAAUUUGACAGAGAACUUAGUAAAGUUAGCCAAUAUACCGCAGCAAUUGAAAUAUAUGAACAGAAAAUCCGAAACCUAACCAUCAAGGUGGAACAUAUGGAGAAGACCAGUGUUUCUUACACCGAGUUGGACUUCCAGUUACUGAAGCUGGAAAUCACUGAAAUGGAAAGACUGGUCACUCAGCUGAAAUCCACACUUGUUGGAAGCAAUGAGAUUGUUGAGCAACUAUACGUCGAGAUUAGGAAUCUGACUCUCAUAGUAAAUGAUCUGGAAUCACUGGACAAAAACAAUAUCCUUGCAAUUCGUCGAGAAAUUGUGGCUCUACAGAAUCGAUUGAAAGAAUGUGAAACAAGUAGAAAUCAAACCAAUACACCCACUUAUUUCCCACCAGGCAGCUGUGGUCAUGGUGGAAUUGUGAAUAUCAGCCAGCCCUAUGUUGUACAACUGAACUGGAGAGGAUUUCCCUUCAAAUAUGGUGCCUGGGGUAGGGAUUUCUUUCCUCAGACCCCACAGAAUGACUUAUAUUGGGUUGCACCUUUGAACACAGAUGGGAGACUUUUAGAAUAUUACAGACUUUAUAAUUCCUAUGACGAUUUGCUGCUAUUCAAAAAUGCUAGAGAGAAAAGAAUUGUAUACGGGGAAGGCAGUGGCACUGCAGUUUACAAUAACUCCAUGUAUUACAAUAUAUAUAAUUCAAGAGAUAUGGGCAAGCUUGAUUUAAACACAAACACAUUGACUGUGAGGAAAACUCUGCCCGAUGCUGCUAUGGGUAAUCGUUUCUCGUACGCUGGUGUUGGGUGGCAAGAUAUAGACUUUGCUGUGGAUGAAAGUGGAUUGUGGGUAAUCUAUUCAACCGAGGACAGCACAGGUAACAUUGUGAUUAGCAAACUCAAUGAGACCACACUGGAUGUGCUCCAUACGUGGAAAACAAAGCAGUACAAACCAUCUGUUUCCAACGCUUUCAUCAUAUGUGGUGUUCUAUAUGCCACAAGACCUGUCAAUACUAGGAAGGAGGAAAUAUUUUACACAUUCAACACAAACACUGAACAGGAAGGUAAAAUUAGUAUAAUUAUGGACAAAAUGUUAGAAACAAUUCAAAGUAUCAACUAUAACCCCUCAGACCAUACCCUGUAUGUUUACAAUGAUGGCUACCAAGUAAAAUACAAUUUGAUUUUUCAACCUGUGUUACACUGAUAUGAAUAUAUACAACAACUAGAGAUCACAGAAAGUCAGAUUGUAUUUCCCUUUGGAUAAUGUUUAUGUUAGAUUAUUCUACGAAGAAUAACUACCAGUUAUAGGAUUUAUUACUGUGCACUGUCCCAUUGAAGGGACUGUUCACAGUAAUAAACUCUAUGCCUCUUAAUAAGUGGUUGCAAGUUUGGGUUCUUAGUUUUUUAAGGUGUGUUUAGGUUCAAUGGUGGCAGGUGUACUAAAAAUACCUCUGCUGUAAAGAUAGAUUCAAUACAUGACUUACUGAUGGACAGAACAUGCAUAGCAGUAGGGAAGUUGUUCACACAUUGUUAUGAAUUCAAAGAAAUGUCUGUAUUUGGAUAACACAUGGAAAUGGAACUUCAAUUUCAUCACCAUUGCUCCAGGUAUGGAAGGCCAUCAAUAUCAUAUUAAACCCUGGCCUCAAAUAAUUAUCGAAAGAUUAUAAUUAGAGUAGCAUUAGGGCUCGAUCUUUAAAGAGCAGCUCGUCAAUUAAACUGAAGCCGUGGGAAUGGUUGCUAUGGCUCCUUCCUUGAAAUCCACCAGUAUAUUUUAGAUGGUGGGGCUCCAAUGCAUUUCUUUCCGAAAGCUGCACUUCAGGGGGAAAAAAAACAACCUUAUUGAUGUUAACCAUUUGUGGAUGGUUGCAUUUUCUUAGCACUGUGUCUUGGGGGCUGAAAGUGGCCUCUUGGUGUAUAUCAUAUGCUGCAAUAGAAUGGAAGCUGUGCCAUUCUACAUAGUUCCAUGGAGCCAGUUUGGAACUCUGCAAUUUACUGUGACCUCCAUUAACAUUUUUCAGAAACACUCCAAAAACAAGUAGCAAAAUUCUUUGCCAGUAUAACUCUGGUAGCUUCAAUUAUCUUACCUCAGGUGUGACUCUGGCAUCUGAUCUGUCAGUUAGGGCAUGUCUACUCUAGGGAGUUAUUUUGAAAUAACUCUCCUUAUUUCAGAAUAAGAAGGUGGGCAUUCAUACAGCAAUCCCAUUAUUUCAAAAUAACAUGCUUGUUAUUUCGAAAUAAUAGCUCCUGCUUGUGAUGAGGAAUAAUGUUUAUUUUGAAAUAACAAUUUAGUUAGUGUGGAUGCUCAGCUGCUGUUAUUUCAAAAUAACUCCUCAGUGCUUCCUGGGGCUCUCAGUCAAAGUAGUGUAUCUACAUUUAAGGAGCCUGCCUCAGACUAAUUUUGAGGCUUCCCUGUAGUGUGGACACUCUAUUUCAAAGUAGUUAUUUCGGGAGUUAGUAUUUCAAAAUAAGUUAUUUUGAAACAAUUUCCCACUGUGGACAUAGCCUUACAGAAUACUGAAGUUAGGACAAAAUUAGUCAUAUUAUCUUUAUUUUUAAAAUACUACUUAUGUUUUUUUAUCAAUAGCUAGACUUUAUUCAUGUCAGAAAUACUGAUGUGUACAAUUAUGAAAAUGCAGUGAAUGUUUGCUGGUUUUCUUUUAUUAAUCUUGUCUUUGUUUUAUAGUCUGGAUCAGUAGGUAUGAAUGAUUAUUUUUUGUUUAAUAAAGUAUUAUAAAAGUCCAAACCCUAC